AUGCUGGCGCUGCGGACGGCGCUAGGCCGCUGCCUGGCGGGGCCGGUCCGCGGCGGGGCCGCUGUCCUGGGGAGCGUCCGCGGCGGCGACGGGGCCGCUUGCAGUCCCUUUAUUCAGACAGCCAGAUGUUAUGCCAGACCUGUGAGAAGAAAAAGGAAAGACAUCCCCAGCCAUUUGGAUGAUCUUCCUCCCACAAUGUUGAAGAAAGAUUAUGCCAAUGUCCCAAUAAUAAAUAGUGUUGAUGAUGUAGUGAAAAGACUCUUGUCACUGGAAAUGGCAAGCCAGAAGGAGAAGAUGAAGAUAAAGACACAGCAGCUGGUGGAAAAGGUCAGGAGGUCUCCCAGUGACAGUGGUUCCUUUGAGGUGCAAGUUGCUAUAUUGACUGCCAAGAUACGCACUUACGAGGAACAUUUGCAGAGGCAUCCCAAGGAUAAAAGAAACCGUCGUUGCAUGCUGAUGGCUAUAGAUUGCCGGAAGAAACUACUUGCAUAUCUUCGCCGUGUCCGCUAUGAUGCCUUUGAAAACACCUGCAAGCAGUUGAAUAUCCAGUACACCCUACCCCCUCUCCACCGCAGAAGGAUCACCAAGCGCUGGCUUGUGAAGAAGGCUUUCUGCCGCAAGGUUUUUGAGGAGAUGCGGAAGCUGAAAGCACCAGAGAGGCUAAAGCAGAGAAGAGAGUGGCAAGCAAGAGCGAGAGCUGCAAAGGAGAAACAGGCGCAGUGCGAGGGGACGCCUGUGUAGCGGCACGUUGAGGCUGACGCAGCCAGUCACUAA